ACGAAGACGGAGGCCGCGGUGGAGAAAGUGCUUCUGUGUCAAUGAAAGGAAGGGAGGGGCUGUGGUCAUGAGGAUGACAGUGAAUUUGGCACUUGUAGUGAAGGGCCAAGUCAAAGUAGAGAACUUACGUAUGUCCUUUAUUACUGUCUUAUUGUUGUCCUGGUAGGUCUUAGCAGGUGGGCGUCCUCCACUUGCUGCUGAAUGACACCGGUCAGCGUCGGGGAGUAUCACGGCCUACGGGUGGGCUCAGCCCUACUCAGCAUUGUGGCGGGCUGCAUCAUCAUCGGGGUUUCCAGAGAGUGUGAUGCUGAUGCCGUAGGAGGUAUUUUCCUGGGAGCCGGCGGCCUCGGCCUGCUCAUCUCCAUCUACCCCUUCAUUAAAGCCUGGCUUAACAUCAACCACAUUCUUCCGUCCUUCGGAAACUUCAGAGUUCACCCAGCAGCUGUCAAUCCCGCUCCUGAAAAUCCAAUAGAGGCAUUAAAACAUGAAGGGACUCAGAGUCAAAUAAAUGUGGAACGUUCAAAGAGUCGAAUGACCUUUGUGGACAGCGGACCAAUGGCUGAGACCAACCCAGAAGAGGGGUAAGGACGUCUUCAGACAUGCCAGAUGUUUUAUCGAGACGGACACUUAAGCAUUCACCUCCUGAUCAAGACUUAUCCUGACAUCGUGACAGGACCGCGUGAGAAGUGGUUCUUCAUUAGGUUUCUUCUGUGUGAUGACCGUGUUUUGGUGUGAAGUUGCUGAGAUGGCCACAUGAUACUUCUGCAACUCAAUAAACACUUGGAAAGAUGAAA